GUGGUUCGCGGCGGCUUGCCCCGGGUUCAACCAGCAUUGCAAGUCCACUAGCAUUAGGGUCUCGCGUACCGCCCGGGAAGCAACCGGGCCCUCCCUGUGACAUUAGGGUCUCGCGGGCAACCGAGUGACAACCGGGCACUUCCCAGUGACAUUAGGGUGUGUGGCGGUCACUCUAUCCUAGGUUUUUAGUGUGCCCGGUACUUCCCUGUGACAACCGCCCGGGGAUCCCAAUUUUGUAGACCACCCGACAUCUGCGAUAUACGGUCUUUAUUAAUUUGUAGACCACCCUCGCUAUCGCACGGAUUACAAGCACUUUUAUGCCUGCUCUUCUCAGUGUCACCCUUCGCUGUGGUUGUAAAAUUGUGUUGCUGUCAGGAUGGUUGAGGUCAAGGAUGGCGUGGUCCUCCAGCCCCGUAGCGACAAGCGCGCAUACCGGUGGGUGCGGCUAGAGAAUGAGCUGCAAGCGCUUCUCAUCAGCGACCCAGAAACCGACAAGGCGGCGGCGGCCAUGGACGUGAAAGCGGGCUACUUCCUUGACCCUCCUGACCUUUCUGGGCUCGCUCACUUCCUUGAGCACAUGUUGUUCUACUCAAGCGCCAAGUAUCCAGAAGAAGACAGCUACUCCAAGUACUUGACAGAGCACGGCGGCCGCUCAAAUGCAUACACCAGCUCAGAGGACACCAACUACCACUUCGACGUCAACGCCGAGUUUCUGGAGGAGGCCCUGGACCGCUUCGCUCAGUUCUUCAUUGGGCCGCUGCUCUCAGAGGAUGCAACCUCACGGGAGAUGAAAGCUGUGGACUCAGAGAACAGCAAGAACCUGACGAGCGACGCAUGGCGCUUCAACCAGCUGCAGAAGCACCUCAGCAAGGAGAGCAACCCCUUCCACAAGUUUGGCACAGGCAGCCUGGAGACGCUGGAUGUCCAGCCAAAAGCGUGCGGGAAGAACACGCGAGACGAGCUCAUCAAGUUUUACACCGCCCAUUACUCCGCAAACCUGAUGCGCCUGGUCGUCUACGGCAAAGACUCACUCGACGUGCUUCAGAGCAUGGUUGUGGACAAGUUCAGCGCCGUCAAGAACACCAGCAAGAGCACCCCGCAGUUCUCCGAGAUGCCGCUCGACGCGCCAAACCUACAGAUUUUAAUUCGGGGGGAGCCCGUAACGGAGGGCCACAACGUGGAGUUUCUGUGGCCAAUCUCCCCCGAAAUGAAGAAGUACAAGGCCGCGGCGAGCCGGUACUUGGGUCAUUUACUGGGGCACGAGGGAGACGGCAGCCUCUUUGCGCUUCUGAAACAGCUGGGUUGGGCCGCAAGCCUGUCAGCUGGUGAGGGCGACGGCAACCCCCACUACGCAUUCUUUGCGGUCAAUGUGGAGUUGACAGAGGAGGGGCAAAAGCACGUGCAGGAAGUGGCGGCCUUCGUCUUCCAGUACAUUGCGGUGCUGAAGGAGAAGGGGGUCCAGGACUGGAUUUUCAAAGAGGUGCAAAGUGUGUGCGAGACCAAGUUCCACUUCGCUGAAAAGUCGUCGCCCUUCCAGUACGUCACCGGAAUCGCGACAAGCCUUCAGCUGUACCCCGUGGAAGACUGCCUGGCCGCCCGGCGGCUGCCCCGCACGUUCGACGCGGCCGCCAUCCACGAAGUGUUGGAUGCGCUGACGCCCGCCAAUGUCAGGAUCUUUUGGACAUCUAAAGAGUUCACGGACCAGCUGUCGGAGAAGGAGCCCUGGUACGGCACCAAGUACAGCGUCGAGAAGCUGGGCCCGGACCGGACGGACGCCUGGACACGUGGCGCUCCGGACGUCCGGCUGCACCUGCCGGCGCCGAACGAGUUCAUCCCCACGGACUUUGCGCUCAAGGCACCGGUGACAAAGACGGAGCAGCCGGCGUUGGUGAGCGAGACGCCCCUGUCACGGCUGUGGUUCAAGCCGGACACCAAGUUUCAAAUCCCCAAGGCGUUCAUCGCGCUCGACUUCAUCUGUCCCGAGUCUUACAUCAGCCCCGAGACGGCCGUGCUCACCCGGAUCUUCGCCAAGCUGCUCGUCGACUAUCUCAACGAGUACGCUUACUACGCGGAGAUUGCUGGGUUGAACUACACGAUCCACAACACGGCGAGCGGCUUCCAGGUGUUCCUCUCCGGGUACAACCACAAGCUGGCCACGCUGGGGGAGAAGAUCCUGGACAAGAUCGUGACCUUCCAAGUCAAGGAGGAGCGCUUCACAGUCAUCAAGGCCCAGGUGAAGAAGGAUUACCAAAACUUCAAGUACGAGCAGCCGUACCAGCAGGCGAUGUACAACGCGUCGCUGCUACUUGAGCAUAAGCGAUGGCACAUGGACGAGUACCUGGCCGUUCUUCCGCACCUGCACGCCGCCGACUUGGCCGCCUUCGUGCCGCGCCUGCUGUCCCGCGUGUUUGUGGAGGCGUUCAUUGCAGGUAAUUGGACGGCUACGGAGGCCAAAGACUUUACUGCCCACAUGGAGGCGACGCUGCAGCAGGGCGUCGGGUCGCGGCCGCUCUUCCCGGCGCAGCAUGUGGAGAGGCGAGUGGUGCAACUAGAGGCGCGCAGGCCGCACUACCACGCGUCGCCGAUCCUCAACCCGAAGGACGAGAACUCGGCGGUGGAUAUCUACUUCCAGGUCGGCCCCGACGAGUCCCGCUCGAACGUGCUGCUGGAGCUGUUCCUGCAGACCGCCAAGCGCGACGUCUUCUACCAGCUGCGCUCCGUCGAACAGCUGGGCUACAUCGUCUUCCUGAUGGGAAGGAACGACUUCACUGUACGAGGGGCGCAAUUCAUCAUCCAGUCGAACGUAAAGAACCCGACCGAGUUGGACGAGCGCGUCGAGAACUUCUUGAACCUCUUCUCCAAGACUCUGGGGGAGCUCACGGAAGAGGAUUUCAAGGUCCACGUGGAGACACUGGCGGCCACGAAGCUGGAGAAGCACAAGAACCUGGGCGAGGAGUUCAGCUUCUUCUGGCGCGAAAUCGACGAGGGGUCGCUCGCCUUUGACCGAGUCAAGACGGAGGUCGCCGCGCUCAUUAGUCUCCGGCGGCAAGAGCUGUUGGACUUUUACGAAACGUUCAUCCGGGCGGGCGCUCCCUCUCGGCGGAAGUUGAGCGUACAAAUCUUCGGCGGGCCGCACAUUGCGGCGCUGGAAAAACUCAGCGCGCCCCCAAACGGCUCCGCGCUCGAGAAUGGACUGGGCGGCUUGUCAUUGGAGUCACAAGAAAGUGGUGCGGAGAUAUCUGGAGAAGAGGGGUGCGUGCCUAACGGCUCGCCUUCGGAGACAUCUGUGUCGAAGGAUAUUGUGAACGGAGUUGCAAAUGGUGGGCCGGCGAAGGAAGUGGAUACUGGGAGUGGGGGAAGCGGAGAGAUGGUGAGAAUCGAAGAUAUUGCGGCGUUCAAGCGGGCACGGCCGCUGUACAACUCGGUAAAGGGACGUUCAGCGAGACUGUCUGCUCUGUAGAUUGCUCUUGACUGAGGCUGGCUCGUUGGAUAAAACAACCAUCUUAAUACCUUGUGCAAGUUGUUUUGGAGAAAAAGCCAGU